CUAAACGGUCUAUCUUCUGCUAUCAGCACUUUGACAUCCCGAAGCUUUUUAUCCCCUGUCAUCCCCAGCAGGAAGUGGAUUUGCCGUUAGCCCACAUUGCCGAACUGCGAAGCCACCCGAACUCGAGCUCAGCAGAAAGCACUUAAGAACCAUGAACGGCCCCGUCGCCAGAACCGACUCUCCCUACACUGAUCCCUCCGUCAAAGGUCCUCGUACCAAGCUUCUUAGUAACAGAUCUCCCGCCGUCGCCGCCGCCGCCAACAUGGUCAACACCGUCAACAAGACAGGCCUCCAUCCUGGUGGCAUUGUGCCCCACCCAAAGACUGAGCUAGAGGAGGAACUCCACGAGAAAGCUCACAUCGACUACACCAGAGUCGCAAUCAUCCCAAACCCUUCAGUCGCCGCGCUCUACGAAGAUGCACUCGUAUACGAGACAGGCACUGCCAUCACCUCAUCCGGUGCCUUGACUGCUUACUCCGGCAAGAAGACCGGCCGGUCACCGCAGGACAAGCGCAUUGUCAAGGAGCCCACAUCCGAAAACGACAUCUGGUGGGGACCCGUCAACAAGCCUAUGGACCCAGAGAUCUGGAAGAUCAACCGUGAGCGCGCCGUCGAUUAUCUCAACACCCGGAGUCGCAUCUACGUCGUUGAUGGAUAUGCCGGCUGGGAUGAGAAGUACCGCAUCAAGGUGCGCGUCGUCUGCGCGCGCGCCUACCACGCCCUCUUCAUGCGCAACAUGCUCAUCCGCCCGUCACGGGAGGAGCUCGAGCAUUUCCACCCCGAUUACACAAUCUACAAUGCCGGGCGUUUCCCCGCCAACCGCUACACCCACGGCAUGACCUCAGCCACGUCGGUUGCUAUCAACUUCGCCGAGAAGGAGAUGGUCAUCUUGGGUACCGAGUACGCCGGCGAGAUGAAGAAGGGCAUCUUCACCGUCAUGUUCUACGAGGGUCCCAUCAAGCACAACAUCUUGACUCUGCACUCGUCCGCCAACGAGGGCAAGGACGGCGACGUCACCCUCUUCUUCGGUCUGUCCGGCACUGGCAAGACCACCCUGUCGGCCGACCCCAACCGGCGCCUGAUCGGCGACGACGAGCACUGCUGGAGCGAUCGCGGCAUCUUCAACAUCGAAGGCGGCUGCUACGCCAAGACGAUCGGCCUCUCGGCCGAGAAGGAGCCCGAUAUCUACAACGCCAUCCGCUUCGGCUCCGUUCUGGAGAACGUCGUCUUUGACCAGGAGACGCGCGAGGUUGACUACGACGACUCGACCCUGACCGAGAACACGCGCUGCGCCUAUCCGAUCGAGUACAUCAGCAACGCCAAGAUCCCCUGCCUGUCCAACAACCACCCGUCCAACAUCAUCCUGCUCACCUGCGACGCUAGGGGCGUCCUCCCCCCCAUCUCUAAGCUCAACAGCGCUCAGACCAUGUUCCACUUCAUCAGCGGCUACACCUCCAAGAUGGCCGGUACCGAGGACGGCGUGCUCGAGCCGCAGGCGACCUUCUCGUCUUGCUUCGCGCAGCCCUUCCUCGCGCUGCACCCGAUGCGCUACGCCAAGAUGCUGGCCGAGAAGAUUGAGAAGCACAACGCCAACGCCUGGCUGCUCAACACCGGCUGGGUCGGCGCCGGCUUCGCCCAGGGCGGCAAGCGCUGCCCGCUCAAGUACACGCGUGCCAUCCUCGACGCCAUCCACAGCGGCGAGCUCGCCAAGGUGGAGUACGAGAACUACGAGGUGUUCAACCUCCAGGUGCCCAAGUCGUGCCCUAAUGUCCCGUCCGAGCUCCUCAACCCCAAGAAGGCCUGGACCGCCGGUGCCGACAGCUUCAAUGCCGAGGUCAGGAAGCUUGGCGCUCUCUUCUUGGAGAACUUCAAGAAGUAUGAGAGCGAGGCGACCGAGGAUGUCAUCAAGGCAGGGCCGGUUCUUUAAACGAACUUGGUUUUCGGGUGGUUCUUCAUUUACUGGUAUAGAUUUCUCUUUUUCUCUCUCUCUAGCAGCAUUGGUCACUGGCGCUCUAUUUGGUUAUCUUUUUUUUUUUUCAGCCCUCCUUAUGCUCGUUUCAGCUUGGAAGAAGCUGGGAUACAUUCAUGCGUUUGGGAGAGGCACAUGUGGUUCGGUAAUGGCUUGCCGCUGUCGAGUUCAGCGAGAGACAAAGUUAUACAUGAGUCAUGGAACUUAAGGAAGUCAGUGGUGAAAGUGAUGGGGAAAAAUAGCAUUCUGCCUGUUUCUACCGGCAGUACAGUCCUCAAUUGAAUUUUUUAAGAGUUUUGGUUCGAUUGGCUAAUUAGUUUCCUUGGUACCUUGUGUCGUAUGUCGGUCGAUAAUUAAUUAUCAGAUCAGUG